AUGAAGCAACCACUGGGGUAUGAGGACCCAUCUACACCAGGGCAUGUUUGUCAUUUACAGCGGUCACUGUAUGGUCUUAAACAGGCCCUUCGUGCUUGGUUUAAGCGGCUUCACGAUUUUCUGUUGUCGGCGGGGUUUAAGUCAUCAAAGACAGAUGUAUCCUUAUUCUACUACACUUCAGGCAUUGCGCGUGUCUAUCUACUCUUUUAUGUUGACGAUAUAAUUAUGAUGGGAAAUGAUAGCACGCUAGUUGAUACUAUCCUACAGCGGCUAGCCUCUACCUUCAAGAUUCGGGAUCUAGGCUCACCGGGUUUCUUCUUGGGUAUUGAGACUGUUUCUUCUACUAGCGGUAUGUUUCUGUCGCAGCGACGCUAUAUGACUGAUCUGUUAGGUCGUUCAGGUAUGGUUGACUGCAAGCCUCUUACUAUGCCGGCAGCCGUCACAAAGACCGCUACACCUUCCGCUCAACUCUAUGAUAAUCCUACUCAGUAUCGGCGUAUAGUUGGGGCGCUACAGUACUUAACCAUUACGAGGCCGGAUUUGAGUUAUGCUGUGAACCGUCUGUGUCAAUUUAUGCACGCACCCACUGAGGAGCAUUGGGGUAUGGUGAAGCGAGUUCUGCGGUAUGUUAAGGGCACUCUGAGUUAUGGGCUUCGGAUUUCUCCGUCUGCAUCAUCCGACAUUCACGCUUAUUCAGACUCUGAUUGGGCUGGUUGUCCUGUGGAUAGGAAAAGCACGAGCGGGUUUGCUGUCUACCUAGGUGAUAAUUUAAUCUCCUAG